AUGAAUUCAAAACCAGAACAUCUUUUAUAUUAUCCAAUAUAUAUAAUUAAUUAUAAAUAUAAUUCUCAAUUUAUUUAUACAUGUUUAUUUGACGGUUUAACUAGUCAUAUAACUUGUGAUAGACAAUAUUCAGCAAUAAAAGUUGUUCUAGCGUCAUUAAUAGUAUUUUAUCCAAUGAUUAAAAUUAGAUUUUUUAGUUUCGGUACACUUGUAGAUUUUUUAUUUGCAUUUGAAAUUGCAUCAGAUCUUAGUUAUCCUAUUACUCUUCCAAUGGCUUUCAUUAUUGCACUUUUUAUUGGAUUUUAUGCACGUUCAUAUCUAAAAUCAUAUAGAAAAAAGAUUAGUAGUAUGCAAUGA